UUUCCUUUUUAUAAAUUCUCAAAUUAAAUUUAAAACCUGGUAGUUAUUUCUGGUAAUAAACAUUCUCAUCUAGCCUAGAGAAAAAAAAAAAAAAAUUCAUUCACUCUUGUACGCAAUACGCAUGUCCAGUAUAUGACACCACAACAUUAUUGUUUAAUAAUAAUAAAUUGUGUGUAAAUUACUGUCUUCCUGCUUAGCUCAUUAUAUUAUUAAAACAUAACAAAAAAAUAACAAACACUAUGAUACAAUAAUUAAAAAUCAAGUAAACAUAAGUUAAUAUUAAACAUAAAUAAAUUGACAAUCAAUGUUAUCACUUAAGUAAUCCAUUAAUUUCAUAAUUUAUUGUACAUCAAGUGCAGUAAUAAUUCAACAUUAUUAUUAUCUUUAUAUUUUUUAAUUUAUUUAUUCAAAUUUACUUGGCAUUGAAUAAAUUUGAUGCAGCUUUGUGUGUUCUAUUCAUUGAAUUCGACCUCGAAUUAAAUACUGGAGGGACAUAAUAAAGUAACGUUCAAAGUCCAUUAUCCACCAACUCUUAGUGUCUCAGUGUGUUUUAUUUAUUUUUUUUUUUUUUUAUCAAACUGUGAUUAUAUAUACAUUUUUUAAUAUUUAUCAGUCACAAUUGAACAGUCAGUCAGUGUGACACAAGGUGCUCCAACAUCCAGUAUUUCUAACUCCAAAUAAUUAAUUUUUUCUCAAUAAAAAUAUAAACAAACAUUUAGUAAAAUAAAUAAUUAAUUUUUUAAAAUAUCAUUUGUUUAUUAUUUUAUUUAUAAGCAAACGUUUAUCAUUUAUUAUUAUUAAAUAUGGAUAAAUGUCAUGAUGAUGUGUAUCUUGAUAUAACAAUUGAUGAAAAUAAUAUAAUACCUGGUGCAACUGAUGUUGUCAAAAUAUUAAGACCAACUUGGCCAAUUGAUAAACUACAAUUCAAGAUAUUUACAAAUGGAAUUACAAAUAAACUUGUUGGUGUUUAUUAUCCGGUGGUACUUGUCAGAGUUUAUGGACAUAAAACUGACAUGUUGAUUGACAGAAAAGCUGAGACAAGAAAUAUCAGGAUAUUACAUAAAGCUGGAUAUACUCACAGUUUGUAUGCAACUUUUAACAAUGGUCUUGCUUAUGAAUUUUUGGAGGGUGAUGUAUUGACAUCAGCCACUGUUAGAGAACCAGAAAUAUAUAAUUUAGUUGCUAAAAGAAUGGCACAAAUGCAUAAAUUAGAACCAAAUGAUUCGGAUAUUAUUAAAGAGCCAAUGCUUUGGAAAAAAACUGAACAAUUUAUGGAUUUAAUGCCAAGAGGAUUUGAUGAUCCUGUUAAACAAAAAAGAUUUGAAAGGAUGAUUAAACCACAUGAUACACUUAAAAAUGAGUAUAAAAAAAUGAAAGAUAAAUUAAUUCAAUUGAAUAGUCCAGUUGUAUUUUCACACAAUGAUUUAUUACUUGCAAAUAUACUUUAUAAUAAAAAACAAAAUACUGUUACAUUCAUUGAUUUUGAAUAUACAGCAUUUAAUUAUCAAGCAUUUGAUAUUGCCAAUCAUUUUGCUGAAUUUCCUGGAGUUGAUGAUAUUGAUUAUUCACUUUAUCCUGAUGAGAGUCUUCAACGAUCAUGGCUGAGAAAAUAUUUACAAAGUUAUAAUGAAUCGAGUAGUGUAUCAGAGGAUGAAGUUACUAAACUUUAUAAACAUAUUGAAAAAUUUGUUUUAAUGUCACAUUUUUUGUGGGGAUGUUGGUCACUUAUACAGUAUAAACAUUCAUCAAUUGAUUUUGAUUUUUUAAAAUUUGCUGCUGUUCGAUUCGAUGAAUGUUUUAAUAGAAGAAAAAUUCUUGAUGAUUGACGAUAAUUUAUUAUAGCAAUAAAAUAAUUAAUUUGUUGAUAAAAAAUAAUAAAUUAUUCAUACAAUAUUUUUAUAGAAAGUAUCAGUAUUUCAAUUUUAAAUAAACAGGUUGCUUUUUUUUUUUUUUUCUUUCUUUUCUAUUAGAAAUGAUUUUUAUUAUUUUCACUGGAUGAAACUUUUUAUUUAGAGUCAUAAUUUAUAACAAAAAUUGUAUAUUAAUUUAUUAUGAUCAUUUUUAAGAAAGUUAGUCUACGUGAGAUGUUUCAUAUCAAAUUUGUAUCCAAUAGUUGACUAAUAAAAUAUUGUUAAUUAUUUA